AGCCAAUCACAUCUAAAAGAAGAAGAAGCAGCGCUUCCUGUUGUUAGGAGUUGUUUGUGUUUUUGCGCUAACAGCUGAUAAAACUGUUUCAGGAUUUUAGGAUUUCUGUGUUUGUCAGCUGAUGCUAGCUGCUCGUUUCCGUGUUAACAUCCAGUGCCAGCUCUGACACACGGUGUCUGCAGGUUGUUCAGCCAUCGGGUGGACCCGGCGAGCUCUCCGUCGAUAAACGUCAGCACUUGUCCCGUCUGCCGGCGCGCAUCAUGGCUAAGCUGCUGUCAGCGCAGUGCGUCGCCGCUCUUCGGAAGUCUGAACACCUCCUUUAUCUGAGAGCAGCUGCUGUUCGCGCCGAGCAGCGACGCUACAGCAGCAGAACAGCGUCAGAGUACCUGCACCGGAGCGUCGUCCCGUCCAUGCACUACCAGAAGAGUUUACCCAGGUUACCCAUCCCAAAGCUGGAGGACACUGUCAGGAGGUAUCUGGCUGCCCAGAGGCCUCUGCUGGAUGACCAGCAGUUUAGAACUACAGAGAAGCUUGCACAGGAUUUCCAGAAUGGUGUGGGGAAACAGCUCCACGAGGAGCUGACGGCUCAGGACAAAAACAAUAAACACACGAGCUACAUCUCAGGGCCGUGGUUUGACAUGUAUCUGUCCGCGCGCGACUCUGUGGUGCUGAACUUCAACCCCUUCAUGUCCUUCAAUCCCGACCCUAAGGUGGAGUACAACGACCAGCUGGUGCGUGCGACCAACGUGGUGUGUUCGGCAGUGCGCUUCAUGAAGACGCUGCGAGCUGGACUGCUGGAGCCGGAGGUUUUUCACCUCAACCCGGCAAAGAGCGACACAGACAGCUUCAAAAAGCUUAUCAGAUGGGUGCCGUCCUCCCUGUCUUGGUAUGGAGCUUACAUGGUGAAUGCUUACCCCCUGGACAUGUCUCAGUACUUUCGACUCUUCAACUCGACUCGCAUUCCCAGGCGUGGGCGAGAUGAGCUCUUCACUGACGAGAAAGGGCGACACCUCCUGGUUAUGAGGAAAGGCAACAUGUAUGUGUUUGACAUCAUGGACAGGGAUGGGAAUUUGGUGAAGCCUGCAGAGAUCCAGUCCCACUUAAAGUACAUUUUGUCCGACCCGACGCCAGCACCCGCCUUUCCUCUCGGGGUCCUGACCAGUGAGAACAGGGAUGUGUGGGCCGGGCUAAGGGACAAGCUGGUGGCCGCUGGAAACGCAGAGGAUUUACGGGUCGCUGACAGCGCCCUGUUCUGUCUCUGCCUGGACGAUGAAAGCAUGAAGGACCAUAUUCAAAUUUCCCACAACAUGCUGCACGGCGACGGCUGCAACCGGUGGUACGACAAGUCCUUCAGCGUUAUUCUGACCAAAGAUGGAGAGGCGGCCAUCAACUUCGAGCACUCCUGGGGCGACGGCGUGGCCGUGCUCCGCUUUCAGAACGAGAUCUUCAAAGACACGACGGAGAAGCCGCUGGUACACCCAGGAUCUGCCGCCACCACUGUGGAUUCAGCCUCUGCCGUGCGCAAGCUGCAGUUCAAACUGGACGGCGAGCUGGAGAAUGGCAUCAGGAAAGCCAAGGAGAACUUCGACUCGGCUGUGUCUAAACUCACUAUCCAUGCCAUGGAGUUCAAGAAGGGCGGGAAGGAACAGUUGAAGAAGAGCAAGUUGAGUCCAGAUGCUAUAGCACAGCUGGCUUUUCAGAUGGGCUUCCUGAGGCAGUACGGACAGACCGUGGCUACGUAUGAGUCCUGCAGCACCGCAGCGUUCAAGCAUGGACGCACAGAGACCAUCCGGCCAGCCACUGCACACACCAAACAAUGUUCCCACGCCUUCGUCCGCGAACCAGGACAGCACAGCGUGGAGCAGCUGAAGGCCAUGCUCCAUGAAUGCUCCAAGUAUCAUGGGCAGCUCACUAAAGAAGCAGCAAUGGGCCAAGGUUUUGACCGUCACCUGUUUGCCAUGCGCUACUUGGCCAACUCAAAGGGCCAGGCUCUGCCCGACCUGUACGCAGACCCGGCUUACGCUGCAAUAAACCACAACAUCCUCUCGACCAGCACCCUCACCAGUCCUGCUGUGAACCUCGGUGGCUUCGCCCCCGUGGUGCCUGACGGGUUCGGCGUCGGCUACGGCGUCCACGACGACUGGAUCGGCUGUAAUGUGUCCAGCUACCCGGCUCGCAAUGUUCACGAAUUCCUGCAGUGCGUGCACAAGUCCUUAGAGGACAUUUUCACUGUCCUGGAGGGAAGACCACUUAGCUAAGAAACAUGUGUGUAUGUCAUCACCAAAGAGAGAGAGAGGAAAGCUGGAUUUUACAUAACAGUGAAGGUGAGCGUGGACAUAAUCCUCAGCUCCUGUACCUCUGAGCAAACACACAGGAAAGAAUAUAUUUGAUACACCUCAAAUAAAUCUGCAGUUACGGUGCUGAAAUGUAAUUAUUUUUAGGAGUUAAAUAGUUAGGAACAUGUUGUUUGAAGCAGUUUGAAUUUUUCAGUGGCUGUAAUGGCUGAUGGACACAAAUCAUGACCUCAGUGUACUGUAGCAGAGUGUGAAGUGUCCUCUGGUUAGAUCAGUCACAGCCAAGCUCAGGAGUUCUGCUCAUUAUUUAUGCAGUGCUGCGUUUCACAUCCAGAACUUCUCUGCAGCGGACAUGGAGUCAGAUUCUGUGCCUUUUCAAUGUGAAUUUAACAGCAUUUGCUGAUUGUCACUGUAAUAACUUCACCAAUAAUCAUUUAUUUGCAGCCUUAUUGAUGUGGUUGAAUGUAUACUAAAAUAAAACUUUAUUUAAUUUGUUCCAUUA